AUGACGCAACGCUGGACCGACACGGCGGAUGCCGAGCUGGUUCGGGCGGCCAGCGACGCCGACAUCGACGCCAUUGAUCGCCUUCUCGCCGAGGGAUCGGUUCCGAACGGUGUGGUCACGAUGCAGUUCCCGAUGGAGCUCCACGGCCGUCAAGUCAUGGCCGCGGCGCCAGUGACUCCCCUGGGCGUAGCAAUUCGUUCUUCGACUGGUGGCGGACGCGAGGCGGUGGCCGUCGAGCGGCUUCUGAGCGCAGGGGCGCUCCCGCUCGCAAACUCCGUCGGGCCUCAACAGCUGCCGGCGCUCGGCUUCUCGCUGCUUCUGAACGGGCCUCGGAGCUCGCCGAGACGCGCGUACGACUGCGCCCGCGUGCUCAUCGCCGCGGGCGUGGCUGUGGAGGAGGCGGACGACGAGAACACCACACUGCUCAGCAAUGCCGCACAUGAAGGGGCGACCUUGGCCACGCGCCUGCUCCUCAACGCACGGGCCGAUCCAAACCGCGCCAAGAGAAAUGGUUCCACCCCCGCCUACAGGGCGGCGCAGGAGGGGCACGCGCCGGCAGGGUUCGCAUCGCUGCAAGCGACGGCGGCCGCUGGGUUUGCAAAGGGUGCGAGGGUUUCGGUGCACGGCCUUCAGUCCCGGCAGGAGCUCAACGGCGCAGUGGGACGCGUUCUUGAGGUCGACAUGUCAAAGGGGCGCCUGAAUGUUCAGCUCCGCGACGGCAGCGUCAUCGCGCUCAAGGGCAGCAAUCUGCAGGAAGCCCCUCCGGCGGAGGAGCAGCAGGCGGAGGGGCAAGGGUCGGUGCCGGUGAGCCGCGAGGAGGUGGUCGAGGCGCUGCAGACGGUAAAUCCGCGCACUCUGCGCUGGCUGCUUUCGCGCGGGGACAUUGACCCCGACAUGCCCGUGCCGACGCAUCUAGUGCCAAACGCGACGUCGCUGGGGCAGACGGCUUGCUUGCUGAGCAUCGCAUCGCUGUUUUCAUUUGGCGGUGCACAGGGCGAGGACGCCGACAACUCCGCCGAAAACGCGAUGAUGUGGGACGGCGUUGGUCCGGCGCUGCUGGAAGCGCUCCUCGAUAGUGGGGCCACGGUGGAUGGGAGAGGAGGCGCGGAAAAGACGCCUCUCAUGGUCGCCGCCAAAAACGGCAACCCGGGCUACGUCCGCCUACUCCUGGAGCGGGGCGCGUCGGUGUCGCUGCGCUGGCAUGAGACCGGUGGCGAUGCGCUGAUGAUGACAGGCAUGUGCAAGCACGAUGCGCGCGGCGCCGCGUGCGCGCAGAUUCUGCUCGACGCCAAGGCGGACGUGGAGGGCGUGGACGGCGCUGGCUAUACCCCGCUCCUCGCCGCCGCCGAAUGGGGGCGCAGCGAGAUCGUGGCAAAGCUCAUUGCCGCGCGGGCAGAGCUCGACCGUAGCCCGUCGAAAGACAAUGGGCCGGGUGACCUCCUCGUGUCCGUCGUGAGCAACAGCGAUGAGGCACACACCAGCGACGCCGACGCCUUGCGCGCCGCCCUUGACGCCGGCGAGGCGAGCGAGGAGGAUCUGAUCGACGAGUUGCGCGACAUGAUGCGCAUCGCACAGGCGUUCCAGGCGGACGAGGUCUGCGACGUGGCUCGAAUGGCCCUGGAGGCCUUGUGCAAGGCGGAAGAGGUGGCGCUGCACCCUCCGGAGGACGCGCUGCUGCCUAGGGGGAGCGUGCCCGUGCUCGGCGGGCGCGUGCGGCUGCAAGGGCUCACGAGCGAGGGCGCGCCCAACGGCAAGCUGGGCCGAGUCUUGUCGUACAACAACGAUGGCAGGCGGCGUUUCGGCGUGCAGGUGGAAGGGAGGCGGGGCGCUCUCUCUCUCCGCCCACAGAACCUCGUCGCCGUCGACAUUGACCCGCUGCCGCUGUGCGAGCACGAGCCGGGCACUUUUGUGGAGCGGCUGCAAGCAGAGCUCAAGGAGGCGGGUCUCCCGUCAUACGAGGUGGUGGACUGGACCCGGCUCGCAGAGACAACCGCCGAUCCUAUGCACUUGAUGGAGACUGCUGUGCUCGGACACGCCUUCAGCCGCCACAAGCUCACCCUCUUCUACGUGCAGCGGACGCCGCGCAAUGAGGGCUUCUUCGUGGCGGAGCGCGAGUAUUACGGGCGUGAUCGCGGCGGCAACGCGGCGGCAAUGCCGUGGCUGGUCUUCUCGGGCCGGCGGCAUGGGAGCCCCGAUGGGCCGGUUGGCGGGACUCUCAUCCCGCCGCAGGGUCGGCGGUGUUCGACGAUCCCCUUCAUGCUGCGUCUCGUGCGCACCAUCCUCUCUCCCCGGGUCGAGUGCACCGUGUGCCUCGCGCCGCAGGACCUGAUGGGCUCCUCCCAGCUGCCGUGCGUGCACUUGUUGUGCUCAGACUGCGCAAAGAAGCUCUACCCCCUCGAAAGGCCGGGGCUCACCUGCCCCACCUGCAAGGAGCACUUUCCUCGGCACGCCCUCAUCUCCCUCGAGGGGAGGAACUUCGGGGGCAACACGCUGAUGACGAGCGAUGUGGCCUUUGCAGAGGUGUGA